GUUAUACAUCAGAUGCACAUCACAUUGAUGCAGACUUCUUUUGAUCAUCUCAGAGUCAAAGGGAAAAACAGACCAUCAUCAGAAUGGAGUUAAUGGAAAUCAACGACGAGGAAAUAUUUAUAAAUAAGAACCUCACAAUGGAGGGUCUCAUUAAUAAAGAUUUACCGAGAAAGAAGCGGCCCUGUAGAUGUGUGACUGUGUGUCUUGGAUUACUGGGUGCUGUCCUGUUGGCUGGGAACAUAGGACAGCUUAUCUACUAUGAGAUGAUCAGCCGCCCCACGUCAGCAGACCCAACACACAGCUACAGUCAAGGAGAUCAACUGCAGAGUCAUGAUGCUUCAACAGAAGAGAGAAAACAGUUAGAGGCACGCCUGAGUAACCUGACUAGAGAAAGAGACCAGUUGCAGCGAAGCUACAAUUAUAUGACAACUCAAAAAGAUGAGUUCAAGGCCAGUUUAAACAAUCAGAAAAGGGAGAGGGAACAGUUACAAGCAAGCUAUGAUGACAUGCAGAGAAAUCUGGAGAGGUUGCAGACAAAUCACAGUAAUCUGACAGUGAGUAAAGACCAGCUACAGACCAAUUACAGUAGCCUGCAAAGAAAAAAAGAUGAAUUGCAGACUUUGUUUACUACGCUGAGAGAAAACAGAGAUCAGUUACAGAGCAAUUUCUCUUCACUGAAGAACAACAUGGACCAGUUGCAAAGGAGCUACGACACACUGAGUAUAAAUAAAAAUCAGCUUCAGAUUAGCUACAAUUCAUUGUGGAAAGACAGAGAACGAUUGCAAACCAGUUAUACUACACUGCAGAGGAAAACAGAGCAGUUGAAGGCCAAUUAUAGUAGUUUGGCUACAGUUAGACAUCAGUACAAGAAGAUGAUCGACAAAGUAAGAGGCCGGCCCUGUCAAACAGGCUGGAGGAAGUUUGACAUCAGCUGUUACCUUGUUACAAAUGGAAAGAAAAACUGGACGUUGAGCAGACAAUACUGCGUCGCAAGAGGAGCGGAUCUGGUGGUCAUAGACACCAUGGAGGAACAGGCAUUUGUCAACGGGUUACUGGGAUCAGGCCAAAAUGCCUGGAUCGGUCUGACUGACGAUCUUGAAGAGGGGACUUGGAUGUGGGUGGAUGGGACUCCAGUCACCACAACGUUCUGGCAGUCCGGGCAGCCCAACAGCUUCAAUGGGAAUCAGGACUGUGCAGAAACCCUGCAGAAAUCCUCAGGAGUUGGAGAAUGGAACGAUGAUGGCUGUUUUUCUGAUCAGGGUGCAAUCUGUGAGAAAUAAGACCGCGAUGAUUUAUGCAGUUCAUGAUAGCGUGUGGAUAUUGACUGUGCUACUAAUAUAGCCUACAUCGAUAACAUCUUUUGAUACAGCACCAAAACAAAGUCCUUGUAUGUGUAAAAAACAUACUUGCAGUAAAGCUUUCCUGAUUC